AAAAGAGGAGAGAGAAAGAGCUGGUUUUAGAGAGAGAGAGAGAGUUUGUUGAAAAUGGCGGAUAUAGCAAUACUGGUGGCGGAAGAGUACGAGAGGAGGGUGAAAGACUCGAGAAAGAAUGGAGAAGAGAUUGAAUUUCUUUCUUGUGUUGGGUUUUUAGGGCAGAGAUUUAAGGAUUCUUCUUCUUCUUCUUCUUCUUCAUGGAUCAGAGAGAAGCUUGUAAUAAUUGCGAAUGAUGAUUAUUACCAGAAGAAAAUGGCGGGAAUUUUGGGUUUGGCGGAAGAACCUAAAUCACAGAUGAGCCUUGCUGCUAGUAAUUGUUUCUUUUCUGCUUGAUUAAUUAAUUAAUUAGCCCCUGUAUGUAUGUAUAUGCGUAUGUAUAUAUGUUUUUUCUUGUUUCUGUCUUUGGAAGCUGUAAAUGAAUUAUUCCCUAAUUAUUAUUCAAUAUAAUUUGAUCA